UGUUGAAAAUGAAGGCAUUGUUGUUGAAGCUGAUUUUGUAGCUGAAAAUUUAGGGUCUUUUCUUUUUGCUGAUGGAUCGGGAAAAAGAAAAACGAAGAGUCGACGAUUUCUCAAAUGAAGGCAAUUUUCAAAACUUAACGCCAAUAAAAGCAGCACUGCUCAACAACGAAACCGCCCUCAUCAACGCAGUUACACAAGACGACAAAACCCGCUUCUUACUUCACUCGCGUCAACUCAUCCACGACUCGGAUGAUGAUGAUGAUCCUUCAAACCGAAGAAGCGUGGCGUUGAAGCUUCUCCUUCUCUGUUGUUAUUUCGACGCAGUCGAAUGCGCCACGUCACUGCUCAACGGCGAUGCGGAAACUGAUUUUCUGCCGGUGGUGAAUGAAGUGGACACGGAGACGAAGAUGACGGCGUUGCAGGCUGCGGCGGAGGCUCACGCGGCGCGUUGCGUGGAGUUGCUCCUGAAGAGACGCGCCCGUACGGAACUGAGGAGUGAAGGUGGACGAGGUCUGCUUGCUCUGGAGAUGGCCUUGUCCAGUAGCAGGAUGGAUGUGAUUUGGAAUCCGGAUGCCUACUCCGUUGAAGAAUUGGUGGUUCUGCUUAGUGAGAAGGAUUUGACUGCAGUGAAGCUUCUUAGUGAAAAAACGAAAGCAAUAGGCGAGGUGGCGUAUUCCAUAGCCAUGGGAGGCAAAAUAGUAGCUUUAGCAGCUCUUCUUAUGGCAGCAGCAGAGAAAGUUAACGAGUCUAUCAUAGUACUACGCGACGCUGAAUCAGGUUCAAAGGAGAAAGACACCGUUUACCAAUGCGUGAUCAGAGAGGCAUUGUCAUUAGGGCGCCGUGAUACGUCGCCGUUGAGAGCAGCUAAAAGGUGUUGUACCCUAUCAAAAGUCGAGUCCGAUAAGAAACGGAAGCUUUUGCUCUGCGAGAUCGAGUUGCUCCAGCUGUUCGGAGCCAUUGCUCAAAACGUUUGCGGAGACAAGAAGAUGACAUCACCCUUAAUCCGUGCUAUCAAGGCUCGAGAUGAAGCCGUCGUCGAGCUGCUUCUUAAAACAAACAUGGACGUAAAUGAUGCUGAUGCUGAAGGAAACACUGCUCUUCAUUGGUCCCUCAGAAUGUCCUGGAGUUCAUCUUCGCAGCAGAUCAGAAUCAUAUGGCUCCUAUUGAAGCAUGGUGCCCGAGUAAACCAAAGAAACAAAUUGGAACUAACUGCAUUUCACACUGCGGCUGCUAAUGGUAAUACACAGGCACUUCAGGUACUUUUAUUGGAAGACCCAGAUGGCAUCAACUACAAAACUAUAAUGAAAGAAACCCCGUUAUUUUUUGCUGUGAAGAAUGAUCAUAUUGACUGUGCUGAGCUCCUUCAGCGCUGGGGAGCAAACAGUGAAGUCCUCAACUUGCGUAGAGAAAGGCCAAUAGACUUGGCAAAGUCACAGGACAUGCGUUUCAUGCUAAACCCAACCAAUAUUACUCUCAUGAAUCGAAAUCCCCUAGUUCAACAGAUAUAUGCUCCUUGCUUCCAAGGUGAUGAAAUUAUUUUUGAUACAUGUGAAGCUCUUUUAACCACGGCAGAUGAAGGAAGCUGUACUGAAAGAAUCGGCACAAGUGUAAAGGCAGAGAUCUGUAAGUACUUUGAAUCCUCUGGUGGAUGUGCCAGAGGGUCUAGCUGCUUUUAUGCUCAUGGUGAAGAGAAGCUUCGACAGGUGAAACAGGGAAUGCACCUCGUUCAUUCUUCUGCUGUGCAGAAACUUAAACGGAAAAUUUUUGUAGGAGGCCUCAAUCCUCUAUUGGAUUCUGACUCAUUGGGUAAGUUUUUUGAAGAUCAAUUUGGGUCUGUGGAAGAUGCCCAUGUUGCUAGGAUUAGAACAGGAGAUGAAGUACACUCUCGUGGGUUUGGCUUUGUCACGUUUAAACAUGAGAAGUCUGUUUCGAAGGCUGUUCAAGCACACUAUGUAACCAUCAUGGGCAAGCAAGUUGAGAUCAAAAGUGCUGUUGGGAGAUGGGACGAGUCCUUGAAGCUAUCUCUUCAACAACAUUACCAGGAACAAAAUGGCCAAUAUCAACCACAAUUGGAGAGAUCCAGCGAAAAGACAGCACAAGAGAUGCCAAGAAGGAAGACCUUAGAAGAGGCUAAAGCUGAUCAAAUCUCAUGGGUGAAUAAAUUACUCCAUGACCAAGCGAAGACAUGUUCUGAAUCUCAAGUACCCGUUGGCCCCAUCUCCACCGACCACAAUACUCCAGAAUGGCUCAGAACUUUCAAGAAGUGGCUUCCCAGUUUCUUAGAGGAGGUAUCAAAGAAAGCAAAGGAAGGUGGCUACCCUCUGUCAUCGUUGAAGGCAGAUUUCAGGGCUGCAUUUGGCCUAGAGCUGGACCAUGCCUCCCGUGGCUACCAUAAGCUUAGUGAUUUUAUGAGAUCUUUUCCUGAUCUUUGUCGCAUGAAGGUUACGCCAGUAGGAGGAUGUGGAUCUCCCAAUCACAUGGUGCUCAUGCCUCAUCUACCUAGGCCUGGUUGCAAAUUGCUUCAGCCAGUCACGAUGUUUGGCCCACCCUGUUGUGCAGCCCAACCUGAUGAAAUUACAGAUAUUGAUUCCAAGUAUGUUCAGGACCUUGUCUCAGAUUCUUGUGAAAAUGUUAGCACCAGCUGUGGCGAGGUAAAACCAUACCAAAACAUCCCACAAGAGAAUUCAGCUGUAAAGGAUUCAUCGCUUGUUGUGCACUCAAAGUUUCUACAAUUCUUAAAGUCAGACUUUCGCCUCACUCGACCAAAGCUAUAUAAGGAAAGAAAAAAUCAGACAGGAAAUGCCGAUGAUGAAAGAGGGACUGAGGGAUUUAGUGAUACGAAAUUCAGUGAGAUAGGGAGGCAUUUGGUUCUGGAGGCCCUUCAAAGAAAAAGGAACAACACCUCCGUGUUCUUUCUUCGUGAAUUUGAUUUCUAUCACAAUUACAAGGCAAGCAUUAAGCAGGGAAAGUGCUUGUGGUGCAACAAGCCAAAUUUGUUGUGGGCCAACUUUCCAUGCCAACACUUGCUGUGGUGUGGUGACUGUAGAAUGGAAGCAGCGCGAGCAGGUGGUGAUUUUGAUCAUAGAUGUGUGGUAUGCGACGUCAAAGUGCAAAAAUUCAUCUUACCCACACUGGAUAGAUACUCUCACUCUUUACUACAUGGAAAUAUCCUCAUACAUGAGGAAUUUCCUCCUUUUGACCAUUCUCAUAUACGGAACGCUUCAAAGAAGAAUUAUCCUUGAUGCAUAGAAGAAGAAGAAGACAGUAAUGCUUGCUUGGAACAAGCAGACUCAAAAAGAAUAGGUGGUAGAUUGGAUGAAGUCUCCCACCACCAUAUUUUGUACAAACC